AUUAUUGUUAAGAAUCUUUAAGUAAUUUUUCAUCAUGUUUCAAUUAUAGCCAUAUAUAAGAAUAAUGAUGAUGAUCAUUUAUAGUCUGUAGAGCACGCACGAACAAUAUAUAUAUAUGAUUAUGAUUAUAAUCAUCAAUUUUUGAUGAUUUUCAUUCUCAUUGUUCGAAUGUGCCGAUGUGUCAAGCCAAUUAUUCUAAAUUAUUUUCACUCUCUCUCUUUCUCAUUAUUUUUUUGUCAGUUCUAUUAUACUGUGAAUGAAUAUUUUGUGUAUAUGUUUGUUUAUGGUGUUAAAUGUGGCCAAGUAUGAAUAUUUGAUGAUUAUCAAAUACAUUUUAUGAUAUGAAAUGUCCUUGUUUUUUUCCUGGACCUAUUAUUGUUUUGUAUAUGAGAAAAGAAUUUUUUUUUUUGUCCCAGUAACAAACAAUUCAAUUUUUGAAAAGAUAUUAAUGGAUUUCCAACUAUAUAAUUAUUAUUAUAAUCAUCAUAAUCUGAAGAAAAGAUUUAAUCUGAAAUUAUAAUGAAUGAAUUCACCGUUAUGUUUGGUUAUUGUCAUUAUCAGGUGAUGUCACUAUCAACGAUAAUAUUAUCAUCAUCAUCAUCAUCAUGGAUAUCAUCAUUAUUAACAUUGACGAGUUCAUCGAUCAUAACGAUCAUUAUGUUGUUCAAAAUACAAUUAUUAUUCAUAAUUGUUUCAAUAUUGGCAACAUUUGAUCUGGCACAAUCACAAGUUCCAAUAGCAACGACAAUGAUGACGACAUCAACGACCAAUUUGAGCUAUGAUUUGGGAGAAUUUUCAAAUUGGUAUGAUCAUUAUAAUUAUCAUUCAUCGAGAAGAUUGAAUAUGAAUCAUACAUCCACACAAAUACUGCCUUCAAAGAAUAUAACCGAUGAUGAUGAUAAUGUUGAUAAAAAAAUCAUAGUAUUACCACGACCUGUUAACAUGUCUGUUGUAUUGAUUCAAUGGUAUCCACCUGAAGUUCGAAUACAUUGGAGUUAUGAUAGACGAGCAUUGAAAAAUUGCCACUUACAAUCAUUUCAGAUUAUUUAUCAUCCAUCUAGAUCAAGAUAUCGAGUGAUUCAAGAAGUGCCGCCAUUUUUUUCCAAUCUAACAUUGGAUCGUCUACAACCGGGCACAGAAUAUUCAUUGAGAAUAAACGCAGUAUCCGAAACAGGCCAAACAAAUCAAAGUAGAUUAGUACAAUUUGUUUCUCCCGAUAAUGAAACACGUAGAUCACAUCGUAAGUUCAUAAAUCGUCCGAUACACACAUAUCCGGAUGAAAUGACCGAUGGUAUGAUGGUACGUGAAGAUGAAGUGGUCAUUGUUGUCAUCGUUAUUGCCGCAUGGAUUGGUUGUAUAUUUAUUUUUUUUAAUAAAUGGGGCAAGAUACGAAUGCUUGAACCAUAUCAACCACAAUAUAAAGAAUCAUUUCCCAAUUCUAUACAUUCAUUACAUCCAAAAACAUCACGAAUGAAUACAUGUACAUCGGUUCCACCGAAUAUGAUUUCAUUAGAAAGCCGUGGUAGUCUAAUACCUGAACGUGAUAUAAUGUUUCAUCAUAAUCGUAUGAUUGAAAGUGGUCAAUUAUAUCAAUGUGCAUCUGGAACAACCUAUCAUCAUCCAGCAUAUAGGCCAAGAUUGAAUUCAGUAUUUGUUGGUAAUCCAUAUCAUCGUAAUUCAUUAUAUCCAGAGCCAAAUAUGCCAAGAAAAGUUAAAAGUGCAGAAGAUUUAAAAUCAUUGGUUGUCCAGGUGAACAACAAUGUCCCGUCCACAUCAACUUCAGUUCUAUAAAUGACAAAAAAAAAAAUUUUUCUUUCCAUUUUUGUCCACAAUUCAUUUCUGCUGUUUGAAAAAAAAAUGAGAAAAAAGGGAGGAAGCAAAAAAUUUUUUUUUUUCAUCAUAUUAAAUAGCUAUAAUCUAAUAUUAAAAUUCGUCAUUAUAAAUCUAUAAAUUAUAUUGUCAAGAAAUUAUAGCUUGAAAAUUUUUUUUCUUCUUUCUCUCCUCUCCACUAUUUUUUUUUUC